UCUUCUCCUCCCUCAAUUACUGUCACUGUGUCACAGCAGCGCUCUCAUCUCUCACUGUGCCUCUGUGCCUUGCUGAUGCGAACCCUAGUUCUCUCCCUCUAUAGGCAUCGGUCUCUCUCACGGUCUCCCCGACAAGCUCGUCGUCGGUCUCCGGUCUCGCGCGCCUUCCCUCCCCUCGUCGUCGCUGGCGGCAGUAGCAGCAGCUCCCGGGACUGGACGUCGUCGCCGCUCCGUGUCUUGUCACCGCAUCGCAGUCAGUCUCGCGCCGUCGUUGCGCCCGUCGACGCCGGAGACAGAAGCAGCAACUCCUCGGCUUCCUUCGCAUAACCUGGUCCCAAUUUGCAGCUUUAGCAUAUCCACCUAGGAGGGUGGAAGUCUUCCACGCCGGAGACAGAAGCAGCAGGUCCCCGGACUUCCUCCUCGCCUUCAGCAGCUUCUCGGCUUCCUUCGCACAACCUGGUCCCAAUUUGGGUGCAAUGGAUGUUGACUCGGAACCACUCAGUUCACAAGAGAACGUCGAAGAUUGCAUGAUGAAUGGUGUGGAAGAAAAUGUUAACUGCACUUGUGAUUGCGGUGGCAGCAGUAGUAAGUGUGUGUCUGUGACGGCCGAUGAUAUUAUAAACCAGACCUUUGAAACAUCGGAUGCAGCUUAUAACUUGUAUGUACGUUAUGCGAGGUGUCUCGGGUUUGGAGUUCGCAAGGGUGAUACAGCACGUGGAAAAGAUGGAACACAGCGCAGAAGGAGGUUUUUUUGCAGCAAGGAAGGAAAGAGAGCCGAGAAAUACAUAUCUAGUUUGAGUAGGAAGAGGGAGCAUAGAGCGCUGACUCGCACUGGUUGUGAAGCCAUGCUUGCGGUGUAUCUUGACACUAAAACUUCGACUUGGAGGGUUAAAAAAUUAGUUGAGAAGCACAACCACGAUCUUGUCCCAAAAUGCUUGGUACACCUAAUUCCAAACCAUCGAGGGUUGACUGAGCCACAAAAAGCUCAGGCGAAUACCAUGCAUGAUCAUGGUCUUCCAACCUCUAAAAUAAUGGGACUAAUGGUAGGCCAAGCCGGUGGUUAUGCCAAUGUCGGGUUCACAAAGAAGGACCUAGAUAAUCACUUUCAAAGAACUCGUCGUGCAAAGCUCAUUGGUGGGGAUUCCAAUGCGACGAUUAGCUAUCUACUUGGGAAAGCAGAUGUCGACCCGAUGGCCAUGGUAAGGUACAGUGCUACUGAUGAAGGUCGGCUGGCAAGUUUAUUUUGGGCAGAUGGCAUUUGUAGGUCCGAUUAUCAGUGCUUUGGAGAUGUGCUUGCAUUCGAUACAACCUACCGGAAGAAUAAGUACAGAAGGCCGUUGGUAAUCUUCUCAGGUUAUAACCAUCACCGCCAAACAUGUAUAUUUGGUUUUGCCUUGGUAGAGGACGAACGGACAGCAACAUAUACAUGGUUGUUGCAAAACUUUCUAGAAGUCAUGCUGAACAAGUCUCCCAGUGUUGUGGUCACAGAUGGUGACGAAGCAAUGAAGGCAGCAAUUCGAGAAAUCUUCCCGGAUGCAACUCACCGAUUAUGUGGUUGGCACAUUCAGAAGAAUGUAACGGCAAAAAUAAAAAACAAAAAAUUUUCCAACGACUUCAAAAGAUGUUUGUAUACUCCAUGGCAUCCGGAUGAAUUUGAAGAAUAUUGGGAGAAUAUGAUAAAAAAAUAUGGGUUGGAGGAAAAUGAAUGGGUUCUAAAUGAAUAUGAGAAGAGGAAAAGUUGGGCAAGCGCUUACUUGAGGGAUAAAUUCUGUGCUGGACUUAGAACAACAUCAAGGUGUGAGGCGAUAAACAACUUCAUCAAGAGGUUUAUUUGCAUUCACCAAAGUCUUCUAGAGUUGGUCCAAAAUCUUGAACAUGCUCUUAGGGACUAUAGAAACAAUGAAUUAGUUUCUCAAUUUAAGACGCUGUAUGGAGAGCCCGUUCUAACUACUGGGCUAGAAGCAUUGGAGCUUUCUGCUGCCAAUUUUUACACAAGGGAGAUUCUUGGAGAAGUAAAAAAGGAGAUUCAAAGAGUGGUCGCAUUAGAUGUAAUAAAUGAGGAAAACAUAUCAACCACUGUUGUGUUAAAAGUUAAGGAGUGUGACAGGAGGCAACAUAUUUAUAACGUACUUUAUGAUCGCAAUACUGAGCAUAUGGAGUGUGAAUGUAGUCGGUGGAGUAGUGAAGGCAUUCCUUGCAGCCACAUGUUUUGUGCAAUGAAAAGGGUAGGUUUACAGAAGUUGCCAGAUAGACUUCUUUUGAAAAGAUGGUCGAAGGAUGCUAAGAAGUAUCUGGAUGAAAGUUCUGCUGGAGGCACUACGCAAGACAGAGAAAGAGAAUUUUUAAUGCGCUAUGGCGCAUUGUCAGUGGCAGCUACGUGGAUGGUAUUCUUAGGAGCUCAAGAUGGUCCUUCUUUCCAUGACACUAUGAAUGAAGUCUGGUGUUGGACCCAAACACUAGAACAAAAAUCUGACUUGAAAAGACAAACAAGAGAUUCAAAUUAAAUCCAAUUUUUUGUAUUGAUAUCGUAACAAAUAAUUAAGAUAUUUUAUUUUUUCA